UUUUUCUUCCUCUAUCAAUUUUCUUCCUUCUAGUGGAUGAGAGCUCCAACACGAAAACCCCUUUGAAGUCUCAAGUACCCCAUUUCUUUGCAUAAACACUCAUUUUCACUUUUUACUUUAUUCCUAUCUAGUUACUUAGUACUUUGGUUAUAAACUCAACAACUAUGCAUUAAAGGCCUUUCUCUUUCUCUCUUAUAAUCCAAUUCAACUACCCAACUCCUAUAAAAGCAAUACCUGCUUUUUAUUCUCUGAAAGGUUCAAGUUCGAUAUUUUGUCAAUCUCAAAGGAGUGGAAAUGGCACCAAGAAACAGUCGUGGAAAGGCCAAGGGAGAGAAGAAGAAGAAGGAAGAAAAGGUUCUUCCUGUUGUCUUGGAUAUCACUGUGAACCUUCCCGAUGAAACUCGUGUUGUUCUCAAGGGAAUAUCAACGGACAGAAUAAUAGAUGUUCGUCGGCUUUUAUCGGUGAAUACAGAGACAUGCUUUAUCACAAAUUUUUCCUUGUCGCAUGAGGUACGAGGGGCCCGUUUGAAGGACACGGGGGACGUGUCCGCACUGAAGCCCUGCGUCCUCACUUUAGUUGAAGAGGAUUACGAUGAAGAUCGAGCAGUGGCGCACGUGCGAAGACUCCUCGACAUCGUCGCCUGCACCACCAGCUUCGGUCCGUCGUCUCUGCCGCCUCCGAAAAAUGCAGCCGCCACCGUGCCGAAGUCCGGCACGCCUCAAUCGCCGCCGGCGAAGCAACCUCCGAAAGAUGCGGUGGCGGCAGCGGACGUAGAUGGAGAGAUAAGCCACUCGUGCCCUAAGCUGGAGAAUUUCUACGAGUUUUUCUCACUCUCUCACCUCACUGCUCCUCUCCAAUAUGUGAAGAAGGCUUCGAGGCGGCGCGUGGAGGAGAUAUCGGAGGCGGAUCAUCUGUUCUCGCUCGAUGUGAAGCUGUGUAACGGGAAAGUGGUGCAUGUUGAGGCUUGCAGAAAGGGAUUUUACAGCGUUGGGAAGCAUCGGAUUCUGUGUCAUAAUCUUGUUGAUUUGUUGAGACAGCAUAGCAGAGCUUUCGAUGAUGCUUUCGAUGAUCUCUUGAAGGCAUUUUCAGAACGAAACAAGUUUGGGAAUCUCCCCUAUGGCUUCAGAGCCAACACAUGGCUUGUUCCUCCUGUUGCAACACAAUCACCCUCAUCCUUUCCUCCUCUUCCUGUGGAAGACGAAACAUGGGGAGGGAAUGGUGGUGGUCUUGGAAGAGAUGGAAAGUAUGAUUUGGUUCCUUGGGCCAAUGAGUUUUCAUCUAUUGCAUCUAUGCCUUGCAAGACAGCAGAAGAAAGGCAAGUUCGAGAUAGGAAAGCGUUUCUUCUGCACAGCCUGUUUGUUGAUGUUGCAAUUUUCAGAGCAAUAAGGGCUGUUAGACAUGUUAUGGAAGAGCCCAAUUUUAACUGCUCAGUUGCAGAAAACGAUAUCAGUUACACCGAGAGAGUAGGUGACUUGAGUAUCAAAGUCUGGAAAGAUGGUUCUGUUGCGAGCUGUAAGAUUGAUACUAAAAUUGAUGGAGUUGAAGCUACUGGAGUAAAUCAAAAGGAUAUAGUAGAACGAAAUCUACUGAAAGGAAUCACUGCUGAUGAAAAUACUGCUGCCCAUGAUGUAACCACUUUAGGCGUUAUCAAUGUAAGAUAUUGUGGUUAUGUAGUCGUUGUGAAAGUUGAGGGUGGAAUUAAUGAAACUGUUAACUCUCCAUCUCAUCAAAAUACCGAGUUGUAUGAUCAGCCAGAGGGUGGUGCCAACGCCCUCAAUAUUAACAGUCUGAGAUUACUUCUUCACAACACAACCACACCAGAAAACAAUAAACCAAUGACCCAGAUACAGACGUUUGAGAGUGAAGAGCUUGGUGGUUCCCAUGCCUGUGUGGAGAGACUGAUUAAAGAAAGUCUUGCUAAGCUUGAGGAGGAAGAACCAGGAAUUGACUAUUUUGUAAGAUGGGAACUUGGAGCUUGCUGGAUACAACAUUUGCAAGACCAAAAUAGUACUGAAAAAGAUAAGAAACCAUCUUUGGAGGAGGCUAAGAAUGAAAUGAGGGUCGAGGGUCUUGGGAAACCCCUUAAAGCACUAAAGACUUAUAAAAAGAAAUCCAACUCAAGCAAUCCUAAUUCUGCAUCUGAAUAUUCAAAAUUUAAUCAGGAGGCUGAAAGUACUUCAUUUCCCUCGGCUGAAUCUCAGCAUGAAACUUCAGCAGCUGAGAAUGAGCUUGUUCUAAAAAGGAUAUUAUCUGAGGAAGCUUUUGGCAGAUUAAAAGAAUCAGGAACUGGACUUCACUGCAAGUCCAUGCAAGAUUUGAUUGACUUAUCUCGAAAAUAUUACACAGAUGUUGCUCUCCCGAAACUGGUAGCAGAUUUUGGCUCAUUGGAACUCUCACCAGUUGACGGCCGUACUCUAACAGAUUUUAUGCAUACUAGGGGUUUACGAAUGCGUUCUCUUGGACAUGUUGUCAAGCUUUCAGAAAAGCUUUCACACGUGCAAUCACUUUGUAUUCAUGAGAUGAUAGUUCGAGCUUUUAAGCACAUCUUGCGGGCAGUGAUUUCUGCUGUCGACAAGGAGAAAAUGGCUUCAUCAAUUGCUGGUGCACUGAAUUUGCUGCUAGGUGUUCCUGAAAAUAGAGAAUCAGAUGAAGUUUAUCCCUCAGUGUGGAAAUGGCUAGAGUUGUUUUUGAAGAAACGAUUUGAUUGGGAUCUGAACAGGUUGAAUUACAAAGAUGUGAGGAAAUUUGCAAUUUUACGUGGCUUGUGUCACAAGGUGGGAAUUGAGCUUGUUCCAAGGGAUUUUGAUAUGGAUUCUGCGAUUCCCUUCCACAAAUCUGAUAUUGUCAGCUUGGUCCCAGUUCACAAGCAAGCAGCAUGCUCCUCUGCAGAUGGAAGGCAGCUCCUAGAGUCAUCCAAAACUGCUUUAGACAAGGGAAAGCUUGAGGAUGCAGUUACCUAUGGCACAAAGGCUCUUGCUAAGCUGGUAGCAGUAUGUGGUCCCUACCAUCGGAUGACGGCAGGAGCAUACAGCCUCCUUGCUGUAGUUUUAUAUCAUACUGGAGACUUCAAUCAGGCUACAAUUUAUCAACAAAAAGCUUUGGAUAUCAAUGAGAGAGAGUUAGGUCUGGAUCAUCCUGAUACCAUGAAGAGCUAUGGGGAUCUUGCAGUUUUCUAUUACAGGCUUCAACACACAGAGCUGGCUCUUAAGUAUGUGAAGCGUGCUUUAUAUCUUCUGCACCUGACAUGUGGCUCAUCUCAUCCAAACACUGCUGCUACUUACAUUAAUGUGGCUAUGAUGGAAGAAGGUCUGGGAAAUGUACAUGUUGCUCUCAGAUAUCUUCACAAAGCUUUAAAGUGCAACCAAAGAUUACUUGGGGCAGAUCAUAUUCAGACAGCUGCCAGUUAUCAUGCAAUAGCAAUAGCGCUCUCAUUGAUGGAAGCAUAUCCAUUGAGUGUGCAGCAUGAGCAAACAACUUUGCAAAUUCUGCGAGCAAAACUUGGCCCUGAUGACCUGCGUACACAGGAUGCUGCAGCUUGGCUUGAGUAUUUUGAAUCCAAGGCUUUUGAGCAGCAAGAGGCUGCUCGAAAUGGUACUCGAAAACCUGAUGCAUCAAUAGCUAGCAAAGGCCAUCUAAGCGUGUCAGAUCUGCUUGACUACAUUAAUCCUAAUCACGAUGCUAAAGGAAGAGAUGCAGCAUCAAAGAGAAGAAGCCAGAUAACAAAGGUGAGAGCAACAUCCUAUAAAACCAUUGGCACGACAAGUUCUGACGAGUCAUCAAAAGAAAUUCGAAAAGAUGCUUCAGAUGAAGAAGAGCUACCAAUACCUGAAUCAGUAGGUAAUGCAGAUUCCGAGCAGGAGAGCAACUCUGCACCUGAUUCUGAACAGACUAUUUUGACAAAGAUUUCAGACGAAAAGCCACAAAUUUAUGGUGAAAUCUUGUCUGAAGCACAUGCUGAUGGAGAGGAUGGAUGGCAACCAGUUCAAAGACCAAGAUCAAUUGGCUCAUACAUCCGGCGACUGAAGCAGAGACGGGCAACACUUGGCAAAGUUUAUAGUUAUCAGAAGAAUGUGGAUGUUAGUACAGAAUAUCCUUUAGCAAGGAGUGCUAAUCAGAAUAGUAGGUAUUUUUUCUUGAAGAAGCGGACAAUAUCUCAUGUGGGUUAUACAGAUAAUCAUAAUGUAAACAUCACCCAAGGCACAAAGUUUGGAAGGAAAGUAGUCAAAGCUGUUACAUACAGGGUCAAGUCCAUGCCCUUGACUUCCAAGACUUGUGCAAAUGAGACAAUAGAAAAUGGUGACAAGCUAUUCAAUUCUCUCUCAGAAUCUGAUCCUAAUGAUGUUAAUCCAGCUAAGAAUUCUAUAGUUAGCAUUGGAAAAUCUCCUUCAUACAAGGAAGUGGCCUUGGCUCCUCCAGGGACAAUCUCCAAGUUGCAGGUCUAUAAUCCUCAAGGUGAGAUUCCUGUUAGCUGUGAACAUAACGAUGGCAAAAAUGAAGAGGAAGAUAUUGAAGCUGAUAGAAAUGUUAAUCUAACCCUGAAAGAGGUAAAUGAUACGGUUAAAGAAAAGUAUGAUGAUUCCUUAUCAGAUUCUGUGGAUGAUUCACAAGAUGGUGCUGAAGUUGCUAUUGAGGGGAAUGAGGAAACUCAUUUCAUUGAUGCUGUGCAAGGUAAUUCUAGGACUGAUGAGGGGCAAUCAGGAGACAUCGAGGGUCAAGGAGCAGUUGAUAAAAGCUUAUUGAUUCAUGCAGUUGACAAUCCAGAGGAUUCUUACAAACAAGAAUUUGACGUGAGUAAUUCAUCAGGAAGUUCAGAACCUAGUGAUAGUACAAAUACCAUUUCACAGAGUGGUGAGGAUUUAAGGGUCAAUUUAUCACCAUCAAGUCAGAGCAAUAUUGGGAGCAUCCCAUAUAAGAAAUUGUCUGCAUCUGCAGCCCCAUUCAAUCCAUCACCUGCCAUUGCACGUGCUGCACCAAUUGCCAUGAAUAUGCCUCUUCCUUCUGGUCCUGCUGCUGUUCCGGCAAUUGGCCCCUGGCCAGUAAACAUGAAUGUUCACCCUGGACCUGCUAAUGUGCUACCCACUGUUACCCCAAUGUGCUCCUCUGCUCACCAUGCAUAUCCAUCACCACCACCAACACCAAACAUGAUACAGCCACUGCCUUUUAUCUAUCCUCCUUAUACUCAACCUCAAUCAGUAUCAAAUAGCAACUUUCCAGUCACUAGCAGUGCCUUUCAUGGCAAUCAUUUCACAUGGCAAUGUAAUUUAAACCCCACCAUAUCUAAGUUUGGUCCUAGUGCUGUUUGGCCUGGUUGUCAUCCUGUGGAAUUUCCUCUUCCAAUACCGAUGGUUGAACCAAUCCCUGAUCCCAUUUCAGAGUCACAAGUUCUGUUUCAUGGUUCUGAAAGUCCAGGUUCAGCUUCAGUUCUUCCUGAGGACAUUGAUAAUGUUGGGGAUUACAAUAAAGAGGUAGAAAGUUUAGAAUCAGAGAGAAGUGAAAAUGAAGCAGUGAGAGUUAGUUCAGAAACUGUAAAACAAAAUGGCACUCCAAAUUUUCACGGGACUGAAAAUACUGGGAGCAACCCAGAUCAUAACAUUGGUUCAACUGGCAACACUAGCAGUAGUGAAACAAACAUGGAUGGUGAGAAAACCUUCAGCAUUUUGAUUCGGGGAAGAAGAAAUCGAAAGCAGACUCUGAGAAUGCCAAUAAGUUUGCUUACUCGACCUCAUGGCUCUCAGUCAUUUAAGGUUAUUUAUAACCGUGUAGUUAGAGGAAGUCAUGCUACCAAGUCUAUCAAUUUAUCUUCUAAUAAAGAUUGUACUGCAACUGCUUAAUCCACAGUUCUUUGUUGUCACUGAUGAAGCAUAGAAGAAUUAUUGAGGAUAAAGAAGUAAAGGACCUCAUAAUUUCACAUAAGAGAGACAAUUUCAACAUUUCUGGAAUUCAUUUACUAAUUGCUCUGCUGUAUCAGCUUCAGUUUUAUAGCUGCACUGUCUUUUGAAAGGUUUCUGAUGACUGUCUCUAUGGAUUGGAGGCUUUUCUUUAACAUCAGUUGCUUGUGGAACAGCAUUCAUGCUAAUCAUCUUGCUCAGUCUUCAUUGCAGUCGGUUUUGGGGUUUCAGAGGCACCUUCAAGGUGAAAGUUUUGGUCCUUUACGUAGUUAGACAAUUUUGAUAUAAUCAGUUUCAGACUAAAGAAUCAUUUCUAAUUAAUAUUAUUUUUUUGUUACACCAUUGUCAAUGGCUUUGAUAACUAAUUUUGUUUAGCUGUAUAUACUUUCUUAAUAUUUUGUUUAGUUAGUGGUUCUUUGUUUGUUGACUGGUUAUUGAAUUGUUACUACUGAAAUCAUGUGAAGGAACAUAUUAAUAAAAAUCAUUAUUAUUUUUUAAAUAGAUAAAGCCAAAGUAAACCUUGUUAUUGAAUUUAGUGUGCUUGUCAGUAUCUCAAGGUAACUACUAACUUCCUAAUGUAGUGAUUUAUCUUUUUUGAGUUUGUAUAGAUGUUUCAUUGUAAGUAUUGGAAAUGCUAACAACAUACUCUUAUACUCUUUUGAACACACUCUUCAACUUGUAAUUGGUUUUUUUUUAAAAAAAUGAAAGUUAUUUUUAAACAAUCAAUUUACAAGACAAAUGGUUUAACUUUUUAAAAAAUAGACCAAUCACAGUGUAUUUUGCUAGCAUUUAUAUAUACAUAUAUAUGUGUGUAUGGAUAUGCAUUAUGUACAUGUCAUAUUGCUAUAUUCGCGAUAAAAUUUAGACGUUUGAAAUAUUAAAUUGUUUC